AUGUGUGGUGUUUCGGCCAUUUUGCUAGGUGACCAGGAGGCUACCUCCGCCGCCAUUGACCUCCACGAGACAUUGUAUUAUCUCCAACAUCGUGGACAAGAUGCUGCAGGUAUCGCUGUUUGCCAGGGCGGACGAGUUUCUCAAUGCAAGGGUCUCGGUAUGGCCAGCAAGGUCUUUUCUGAUGGCCGACGACUUGAGCAUCUCCCCGGUUACAUGGGCCUGGGCCAUGUUCGUUACCCUACCAUGGGAACUGCUUCUGCCUCCGAAGCUCAACCUUUCUACGUCAACGCCCCUUUCGGUAUCUCCAUGGGCGUCAACGGUAACCUCGUCAAUACCGAAUACCUCCGCAAGUUCCUCGACGAGGAAGCCCACCGACACGUCAACUCCGAUUCCGACUCGGAGCUCCUCCUCAACAUCUUCGCCCACGGCCUCCAGCAGCUCGGCAAGACUCGCGCCAACUCAGAGGAUAUCUUCACUGCUCUCGGCGAUGUCUACGCCAAGUGCCAGGGCGCUUUCGCAUGCACUGCCAUGAUCGCUGGUUUCGGCAUUCUUGCCUUCCGUGACGCCAACGGUAUCCGACCUCUCUGCAUUGGUUCUCGACCUUCCGCCACACUCCCCGGUACUGAAGACUACCUCGUUGCCUCCGAAUCCGUUGUUCUGAAGCAGCUCGGCUUCUCAAACAUUGUCGACAUCCUCCCUGGUCAGGCCUGUUUCUUGCAGAAGGGAUGUGGUCCCAAGUUCCGUCAGAUUGUUAACGACCGACCUUACACACCCGAUUGCUUUGAAUUCGUAUACGUUGCUCGUCCUGACUCAACCAUGGACGGAAUCUCGGUGUACCGCAGCCGACAAAACAUGGGAGAGAAGCUGGCCAAGAAGGUCCGCGCGGUUCUCGGAGAGAAGGGAGUUCAAGAGAUUGAUGCAGUCAUCCCUGUUCCAGAGACAAGUAACAUCGCCGCUGCUACUCUUGCUGAGAAGCUUGGCAAGCCAUACGUCACAGCUCUAAUUAAGAACCGAUAUGUUCAACGAACCUUUAUUCUCCCCAACCAAGCUCUUCGAAUGAAGAGUGUUCGCCGCAAGCUUUCACCCAUCGACUCAGAAUUCCGAGGAAAGAACCUCAUCCUAGUGGACGACAGUGUCGUGCGUGGCACUACAUCUGGACAAAUCGUCCAAAUGGCUAGAGAAGCUGGUGCUGCCAAGGUCAUCUUUGUUUCAGCCUCUCCAGAGUGCAUAUAUCCCCAUAUUUAUGGCAUUGAUCUUGCGGACCCUGAUGGUAUGAAGAUAUUCGGUGCUGUUCUUAGCUGUCUUGUUACUAACCUUUGUGAAGAUUUGGUUGCUCAUGGCCGAACAAACCAACAAAUUGCCGACUACAUAGGUGCCGACCAGGUCAUCUUCCAAGAUCUUGAUGGACCUGAUGGACUGAAGGCCGCGUGUAUGGAGGCUGCUGAGGACACAAGUAAGGUCACAAGUUUUGAAACCGGUGUCUUCAGUGGCUGUUAUGUCACAGAAGUGCCGGAAGGAUACUUCGAACAUCUCAGUGAUCUCCGUAGCGGCAAGCGGAAGGCGAAGACCACCUUGACGAACACCAAGGCUGGUGGCGAUGAGGGCGGAAACGUGGUUGUCAGCUCUGGGCCUACAAAUGGGCCCGAGGCUGACGAGCGUGAAGAUAUCAGUCUUCACAACAUGGCGAGUGAACAAAUCACAACCUCAUAG